AUGAAGAAGACCCGGAGCACAACCUUGCGGCGAGCCUGGCCUAGCUCGGAUUUCUCGGACCGGGCCUCGGACCGCAUGAGGUCCCGGAGCGAGAAGGACUACCGCCUGCACAAGCGCUUCCCCGCGGCCUUCGCGCCCCAGGCUUCGCGGGGCUACAUGACAUCAGGUGAUGUGUCACCAAUCAGCAUGUCUCCCAUCAGUCAAUCUCAGUUUAUCCCACUCGGGGAAAUCCUUUGCUUGGCCAUCUCGGCAAUGAACUCCGCCAGAAAACCUGUCACCCAAGAGGCGCUGAUGGAGCACCUGACCACGUGCUUCCCAGGUGUUCCCACCCCGAGCCAGGAAAUCCUACGGCACACGCUGAACACGUUGGUACGGGAGAGGAAGAUCUACCCAACUCCGGAUGGCUAUUUCAUCGUGACCCCACAGACCUAUUUCAUUACUCCUUCUCUCAUAAGAACUAACAGUAAAUGGUACCAUUUGGACGAGAGGAUACCUGACAGGUCUCAGUGUACCUCGCCACAACCCGGAACCAUAACGCCCUCUGCCUCAGGCUGCGUCAGGGAAAGAACAUUGCCCAGAAACCACUGCGACUCUUGCCACUGCUGCAGAGAAGACAUGCACAGCAUGCAUGCUUCCACUCUGCAGAGGAAACCUGCCAAGGACUGCAAAGACCCCUAUUGCCCUCCUUCACUAUGCCAGGUGCCACCCACUGAAAAGAGCAAAAGUACUGUAAACUUUUCUUAUAAGACAGAAACUCUCUCAAAACCUAAAGAUAGUGAAAAGCAGUCCAAAAAAUUUGGGCUAAAGUUAUUCCGGCUAAGUUUUAAAAAAGAUAAGACCAAACAGCUAGCCAAUUUCUCCGCCCAGUUUCCUCCGGAGGAGUGGCCCUUGCGAGAUGAAGACACACCAACUACUAUCCCUAGGGAAGUGGAAAUGGAGAUCAUUAGGCGGAUUAACCCGGACUUGACCGUGGAAAAUGUCAUGAGGCACACUGCACUAAUGAAGAAGCUUGAAGAAGAAAAAGCGCAUCGGAGUAAAGCCGGGUCUUCGGCUCAUCACAGCGGAAGAAGUAAAAAGAGUAGGGCUCAUCGAAAGUCCCACGGGAAGUCUCGGUCGCACAGCAAGACACGAGUAUCUAAAGGAGACCCUUCGGAUGGCUCUCCUCUGGACAUCCCAGGUGACAGAGAGUAUGACUUCGGUGAUCCUCUUACCAGGGCACCCAGGGAAGGCUGCUUCAUCAUUGAGCACAAAGGAGAUAACUUCAUCAUGCAUAGCAACACGAAUGUGAUUGAGUCUCAUUUCCCCAUGACACCAGAAUGGGAUGUGUCUGGGGAAUUGGCCAAAAGGAGAACUGAGAUGCCUUUUCCUGAGCCUUCCAGGGGAAGCUCCCACUCAAAAGUGCACCGAAGCCACAGCCAUACCCAGGACCGAAGGUCCAGGAAUGAGAGAUCCAGCAAAGCCAAGGAGAGAUCCCGAUCCAUGGAUAACUCGAAGGGCCCUCUGGGGGCUUCUUCGCUGGGGACGCCUGAAGACCUGGCUGAAGGCUGUAGCCAAGAUGACCAAACGCCCAGCCAGUCCUACAUCGACGACAGUACUUUAAGGCCUGCGCAAACAAUUGGCCAUCAAAGGGCUCAUGUUUCAUCCACAAGCUAUAAAGAGGUGUGUAUUCCAGAAAUAGUCGGUGGCAGCAAGGAGCCUUCCAGCGCAUGUAGCCUUUUGGAGCCCGGCAGACCACCUGAGAGUUUGCCAUCCUAUGGGGAGCUCAACUCCUGUCCAACAAAAACAGCUACAGAUGACUAUUUCCAGUGCAACACGUCCAGUGAGACAGUCCUCACGGCGCCAUCGCCUCUGGGAAAGAACAAAGAGGAUCAUGACACUCUGACUCUGGCGGAAGGGGUGAAAAAACUGCCGCUGUCUGAUAGGCAGGCCCCACAUUCUUCCAGAGAGCCUGUAGGGCACAAGGAGGAGUCACCAAAAGGGCCAGGCGGAGGCCCAGCCGCUUCCGGCGCAGUGGCCGAAGGGAUUGCCAACGGACGCCUUGUCCAGCACCAUAGUGCUGAGCCCAGCAGCCUGGACAAGAGGAAAGAGAUAUUCAGCAAGGACACACUGUUCAAACCUCUCCACAGCACCUUGUCUGUAAACAGCUAUCACAAAUCGAGCCUGUCCCUCCUCAAAUCUCUCCCGAAGACACCUGCUGACACACUGCCGGGCCGAUGUGAGAAACUGGAGCCGCCCCUGGGGACCUCGGUGGCACCAGCCGUGCCUGGUUCCCAGCGUCAGCAGGAGUCAGGGGGGAACCAGGAAGCCUCUUUUGACUAUUACAAUGUCUCCGAUGACGACGACUCCGAGGAAGGGGCAAACAAAAACACGGAGGAGGAAAAAAACAGAGAUGAUGUAGGCACCAUGCAGUGGCUCCUUGAGAGGGAGAAGGAAAGAGACUUACAGAGGAAAUUCGAGAAGAACCUCACCCUCCUUGCCCCAAAAGAAACCGACAGUAGCAGCAACCAGAGAGCCACCCAUUCAGCACGCCUCGACAGCAUGGACAGUAGCAGCAUCACUGUGGACAGUGGAUUCAACUCCCCACGCACUCGGGAGAGCCUGGCUUCCAACACGUCAAGCAUUGUUGAAAGUAACCGUCGUCAGAACGCUACCUUGAGCCCGGUCCACGGUGGAGCUGGCCCGGCCUUCAACUUCCGAGCAAGUACGGACCCCGCAACCAACGAAGCUGAGAAACUACAGAAACCUUCCAACUGCUUGCAAGCUUCUGUUACUAGUGUGUGACAGUCGUUCUGCCUCAGAUCUCCUGUCUCAUUCGAUACAGCCAAGUUUACGACACUGGGACUGAUGUUUACAUCUUGGGAAAGACAAGCAUCUCGACCACAGUUUUUGUGUUUACUUAAACUGUGCUGCUAAGUAGGCUAGGGCAAAAAACAAAAAUCUUUAUUUCAGAGUAUUGCUUUUCACAUUUAUGGCUCUGUAGCAACCGAAUAGCAGUAGGGGUGAUAUGUAUACUUUUGCUUCACUACUUGUAACUGAGCACACAUAGGAAAGUCUAGACACUGUAAGUGUGAUAUGCAUUCCAAUGUCAUGAAGUUGCCAAUUCCAUUUUUAAAUGCCACAGAUACGUGUUGCUCCCAGUCUGUGGUCAGAGGGUGCCACAGAACUGAUCCUUGACACCUCCCCCCCCAAAAAAAAAGUAAGCCACCCCAAAAUGUCAAA